UACAUAAAAUUCACUGAAGUCAGAAAAACAACAAAUAGCCCUUUGCUCAUAGCUCCAGGAAGUUGGUCACCUGAGGCCAGGUGAACUGUAUUGCCUCCAAUCAGACUGACAAGCACCAGCAGAGCUGCAAGAUCCCCUACAUGGUUCAAGUAAAAGAUACCGACUAACGGCGCUGCUGCAGCUUUUACUAGUCGUAUAAACCUGGAAAAAAGUUGCUGAUCAUGUUCAGCAACUUUGCUCCUCACCUGAGAGUCCUUGUGUUUGUGCCGAUCUGUGCAGCCAUCGUGCUGUUUAUUGUGUGCCCAGAUUCUGCGAGAGCCAGUUACACAGCAACUCAGAAGCACAAUGGAGCGACGUACAACGCCUGGAGACAACUUUACACUCCGUAUAGGCAACAUCGUCCCGCCUCUACUGGUCUGCUGUCAACAGAAACUGGACUUCACACUGGAACUGAUGACGAAACUAAGACGCGUGGAAAUUAUAGAGGGACUCCGUCAAUCAUUGAUCAGCAAUCAAAACCUUUACAGGUUACACAAGGUAUUUACAGUGACGGUCAAAACAGCCCAGCAAGCAGGCAGUCUCGAGUGAGAAUAAUAAAAGUGCAGAGAGGCCAUAGAACAGAUGGAGCGAGGCCGGCAAGCAGCUUUUUAACUAGCAGAUCCUCUCCCCAGCACGGAGGGCAAAGCGCAGAGAGAUGGAGGUCCAAAGGGAAUGACCCCACGCUCACUCAGAAAGAAGCCCUAAUUGGAAAUUUUCAUGAUUCCCAGUCAAUGAUUAUUAGAAAACCACCUACAGAAAAAGCUGGCAGUCACCAAAGCUUGAGUUUUUCAAAAAUUUGGGACCUGAAAUAUAUUCCAAAACCUUACAGCAGAGGACAAGUUGCAAAGACUGAUUCUUCAAGGACGGAUGAAGAUAAAUCUCCUGGAAACCCAUUUUCUUUUUCUCUUUCUUCAUCCCAGACGAGUGGUUAUUGGGAAACACCAAGGGGGCGUUACAGUGAAUAUAAAGAGACAAAUGAAUCUCCAGCAGUUGGGGCACAGAGUACAUGGAGAGGGAGUCAAUCAAGCAAUUUUCUCAGCUCUACAAGUCAUCUGGCUCCUCACGCAACAUCAAUCAGCAAUGGCGCAAACACCCCCAUUAUUAACACAAACCCAAGCGCAGAAAAACUGACAUCAUCCAUCACAGAUUCCCCCCAUGGGCGAGACUCAAUGAGCAACGGUCAGACACAAAGACACAAAAAGAUGCAAGCGUAUCUUUUCAAGGGCCCUGAGACCUCAGUUAAUAGAGUUGUGGGAGAUGGACGAGAGGCUUUAAGUGGACAAAGCAAUGCUUUCAUUACGUCAGAUAAUCAAAGGCCCUCUGAUGUACCUGCUGCCAGCAGAUUUGGAUCCAGGUAUUAUAACACAAAAGAUACAACCAAGCAAAUUACUUCCAAUCUGCCAUAUCAUCAUACUAGUGCAGCUCAGAAUGAUGAACAGAUGCACAAAGAUUUAAAAAGACCCAUCUCCAGCUUAGUUCUUCCUCCUCACAUCACAGAACAAUCUUCCGAUCUCCAUCUUGCUCCAGUAAAAACGAAGAAUAUGGCAAGUUUUUCCCCUUCACCUCACAUUUAUUCCACACACGGGUAUGCCACCAGAAGUGAGGAACCUCUUUCAGUCAGCAAAGUCAAUGCAACUACAAGAGAUUUGGUGCCAAUCCAAAAACCAGGAGGGGGCACACAAAGUAUCUUUGGCUUCAAAGAGUUUAAAAAUCCUGUGUGGCAAGCUGUAAAGAAGCCACGCGCUCUCACCUUUAAAGAACAGCCAAACUCCAAACAGCACAGCUUUGAGAACAUGAAACAUUAUAAGUUUAAAAUGUCAAAUUUUUACCCUGCUCUGCUCCAAAGGUACAGUUUUGGCCAAAGAGGAGGAUCUGCUAUUACUACAACACCACCGGUAAUGUUGGAGAAAAACCCUGUAGUUUAUUCUUCACCUUCACCCAGCACCUUAAUCCCAGUCACAGCACCCACGCUGUUUGUAUCAGGGUUUAUGCAAGUAAUGACACCUAAAAGUGACCCUGGUGUGGACAGAAACCUCAACUACAGACAAUUCAGAACCUACAAAAUAACAAAAGCUCCAAAAAGAUCCGACUCUCGACCACUCGAGGGAGCCAAACCUUCAGUUCAAGGACCGGACAAAUCUGCCAGACUCCAGCAGGAUCUUGAUGGUAUUAAAGUCGGACGUCGACAGACCUCAGAACCGAGAAGCUUCAAAAUUUCCAAUCAAACUGAGCCAGGCAGCAGCAAUACAUCAACAUGGACUCCAAAGGAGUUGAGCAGUGUUGACCUUAAACCAUAUUUAAAGACAGCAGAGGAUUCUGUAUUAGUCUUACCUGGUAAAAACAGCAGCAGACCCUACACUUUCCGGAGAUUCAAGUCCUUAAAAAACACGACAGCACAGGCUCGCAACAAAAUAUGGUGGCAACACCCGAUGCAAGAUCCAGCAUCAGCAUCUUACAUAGUCUCCUCCGCUCAUUUGAGGUCAGCGGGGCGCCUCACUUUUGCAUCAAAGCAAAAAUCAGAGCUAAGGACACCCAACCAAAGCAAACCUGCUGAGAUGAAGGCAACCCUGCUCCACACCUCCACCAGCCGCUCCGUGAGAGCCAAACACGCGAAGGCAAGACACAGAAACAGCAAAAAGCUCGGCGAUUCUACAUUCACCAAUCACACUGUGGCCAUAGUCAGGCUGCCCAAGCGCCCCGCCGAAGUUAAAGCCGUCACUUACACCGAUGUUCUUGGAAGUGCUUCGUUCAGUGGUGUCAUGGAAACAACAGAAUCUCCUGACAGGCCAACUGAUAUGGAUCAUUUUCCAAACGUGACAGCUACGACCGAGCAAAAGAAAGCGAUGAACCGUUCGAAUUUAAACUCUGAUGAUGAUGAUGAGUACAGUGGAAAAACAUGACCAAGAACUCUGAGGAAAAUACUGAUAAUGAGAUGGGAGAUUUCAGCGGCACAGAGAAAAACAAGGCGGAUAAAAGCGAAAAAGCCAAUUAUGAAUGGAAAAAAACAGAUUUUUUUUCCAGAUAAUGAGGAAAGCGGUGGCUCUGAAGUUUUAUCAAGUGUAGUAGGAAGUCAGGCAUUUACAAAAGAUUUGCUAGAGAUGGAGUACCUACGAACUUCUACUGAAAAUGUUUCCUUUAAGUCAGUGAACCUGCCUCACCCAGAUAAAAAAACAAUAAAAAUGCUGGAACAGUUCCAAUAAAAGCUGGAAAAGUACACAUGACAGUGUUUUUGUGCCAACAAACAUUUCUAAACAACAUGACUGAGCUGAUGGAUAUACUAUUACAAGGGCUGAGCUAUAAAUGGCUGAUUAAACCGUGUUUACAUUCAAGGGUACUUUUGUUAGUGAAGUUUAUAGCUCCUGAUACCAGCUUUAAACAGUGACAGUCUGUUUCCUUUUGUUUACAUUCUUCGCGCCUGCUGAAGAUUUAAACUGGAUUUAUGCGUGCAACGGGCUGAUCGGUCUUCUCACCUUGGAAAUGGAGCAUAAAGAGCCAAUUGACUAAAAUGUGCAGAUGUUUAAAUGCUAGAUUUGUGAUGAGCAGCUGUGCAAAUCUUUGUCUGCUGGCAGAAAGAGCAUCGUUGAGAUGAGCAGUUCUGUUUCUUGUCUGUAUAUCUGCUGUGAUGCUCCUCUGUAUGUGCUGCACCAUACAAAUUAAAAGGCUCAUAAUUUA